UUUAUUUGAAAGAUUAAAGAACAAGAAAAGAAAGCAAAGCUUUGCACAAAACUGCACAUUGCUCCAUGCCAGAACGAAAGCACUUCAGCCAAAACUGUCCUGCUUUGAAGUGUUGCACAUAUGAGGAAUAGUGAUGGAGAGGAGAAGACAAGGAAAGUUGAGAGAGGCUUUGAUACACCACACUGAGCUGCGUCUCUGGUUCAGGCCAUGCUCAGACUUACAUCUCAUCCAUCCAUCCAUCCAUCCAUCCAUCCAUCCAUCCCUGUGCUUUCUUCUCUCCCUCCCUGUCUGUGUUUUCAGUACUCAAUAAGCCUGCUUGAUCCCCUCACUCAGGGCUUCUCCACCCCCACUCAUAAGCCCUCUCUCCACCAAUCACAGGCCAGAUCACUGGAAUGCAAGGCAUGUUGCUUAGUGUUCUACCUUUGCGCGUACUGGCGCCACCCAUUUUGCUGCCAUGGCAACCCAGCUCACACUUUAAAGAUAAGCCUGCCAACCAGUAUCAUCCAUCUAGUUUCACCCCACCUUUCCUCAUCAAUCUCUUGUUUUCCUCGGUCCAUCGUCGCAGGUUUUGUUGCAAUUGCCUCGUUCUUCAGAGUUGUCAGCCUGCCCUUUCUCCUAGGAAAGUUUUACCCUUUGUCUGCCCUUCAUGAGAGAAUGACUGACCGGUUUCCUCUAUUGAUUUUAUUCAGCGAUAAAGAGCACACUGAACUGCGAAAACACUUGCUGACGUCCACAGGUUUUUUCCACCUAGAGUUCCUGCUGGUCAUGGUAGGAGGCAAGAAAUCACAGAACAUGAAGAAACAGAAAUUCAUCUGAUACAACCGGACAUCUGAAGAUACACACACACACACACACACACACACACACACACACACACACACACACACACACACACGGCCUACAAUUACACAUCUUGUCCUGUUAAUGUGAACAC